AGCCUACCUCGCGGCAAUAGAAAGGAGAAAGGAACACUUUUCCUUGGAAAAACAAAAGGACUUUUGUUCUCGCAUGGCAGGUCGGUGUGAUCCGCAUGACGCGGCGAAUUGGGGUGACGACAGCCCUAACAACUCGAUCCUCUCCGGGGAUGAGGAGGAUGAAUUUAAUGAGGAGGACUGUGAAGAAAACGAUGAAGGUGAAGAAGAGGAGGACGAUGGGUCGACCUCGUAUGAAAGUGGUGGUGGUUCAGUCCAGCAGAGCCAGCGAACGGAUCCCGGUGAUGGCAGUCGCAAUGGCAGCGUCCAAGAAGCAGAAAGGGAAGAAGAAAAUGACGAUGGAUUUGAUGCCGAAGAGGAGAGAGGGGACUACGAUGAAGAAGAGGAGACAGAGGGGGGAGACUCAGAGAGCGCUGGCAGCGUUAGUGGAGAGGAAGAUGAACCACAAACGGACGCGAAUAACUUCAACGCCAACCUCGCUGCUGCCUUCAGUUUUGGCUCCGCAGCAGCAUCUUCGGCCUUCUCACAACCCCCUGCACUCACAUCAACAGCCAAGGUGUUUGGGAACGUCGAUCGAGCACCCCCUCCUGUUCCAUUCGCGAACACGUCAGCAGUGCCAUCUGCGUUUGCUCAGACGAGCCUGUGGCCCUCUGCAACCACCCAUGGCAGCAGCUCCAGCGUGCCAGCGCAGAGUACCACCCCUUCAUCGUUCGCUGCUGCAGCUCCUACGCCCUCCGCUGCGUCGCCGUCUCCCGUUCUAAUUGACAGCGGCUGUGCUGAAAGCCACGCGGCCCCAGCCAAGAAUGUAGAAGGGAGGAAUCCUGUGCAUCACCGCCGCGAGCAGACAACUUCCCCGACUCCUGCACAUGCAUCCGUGCCGUCGCAGGGGAAGUCUGCUGCAGCCAUGUCUCUGCAGUUUGUGGAUUUCAAGCGGUCUUUUGGUCAAAAUUUGCGCCGCACCCGUUCGGCAGCGGAGGAGGCGUCAGAGGUGAAAGCGUCACUCGCGCGCUACGAACUCGUGGUGCCUACGGACAAGUUUGACGCCCAGAUUGAAAAGGCUCUGUACAGCUGCUAA